AUGUCAUGCGAAUCUCGACACCACGUCAUUCUCCUCCUCUCAUACUCAUCCUCAUCCUCACCGACAUUGCCCACUUCUUUCAACGCCAAUGCUCCCCUGUUAAUGCAGCCGUUCAUGCCGCGGAAACGUGCGCGAGAACCAGAGCCCGUCCCCCUCGAGCCCGGUCUUGGGCGCCGGAAGCGUCGCUGCGUGCACCCGGCCCAGCGCUGCCAGUCUGUCCCGCCUUCCGUCAGCCUCGCGCCAUCCACGCCACUGCCGCUCACGCCCGGAAACCUCCAGCUCCUGGACGAGGCAUCGCCUAGCGAGUUCGGCGAGUGCAUCGAGUCCAGCGAGUCCAGCGAGUCCAGUCGUCCAGACGAGCCCUCCAUGGCCGGUGACGAUGAAGCCGCGAACCGAAAAUCCAUCGACAGCUACACCAAGCUCGCGGCGCAUGGCAUCUGCAUCUGCCCCGCGAAUAUACACGCCCUGCCCGCAGAGCUCGCCGACUUCAUCAAACGGAUUGUGCGCGCCGAGCGCGAGACAACGCCUUCGGCAACCACAAUUGCGCAGAAGGCCCCACAAGCGUCCGGCCUGGGUGAGCAAGCAGCCAUCGACCUCCUCUGCGCCGACUUGCUCUUCAAGGGCGAAGGGCCCGCCGGCGGCGGCGGCGAGCGACUAGUGCAGUCUCUACCGAAGCUCAACUUGAACACUGCGUACCUGCCAGACGCAGACAGCUUCGCUGCAAAGGAAGCCGGGCCGCUCUCCCAGGCUCAGCCCGACACGGCCAUUGGGUACAUUACUAGCACCCAGGGCGAACGCGGCGCUGUCGAAGCGCCGCUAGAUAAAGACCAGGAGAUGACAUUGGCCAGGAAAGCCCUCACCUCCUCGCUCCACUUCCCAUUCCUCACCUGCCAAUGGAAAGGAUACACCGGCUCCGAAGGACAGUAUCACGCGUCGCUCCAGGGCGGUCGCGAUGGUGCCUGCGUUGUCAAUUACCUCCACCACUUCUUCACUGAGGCGGGCCAAACACCUUCCGUAGUCGACACUUGCCACUUUUCAGUGACUUCAGACAUCCAGACCUUCCGCUUGUGGGUACACUGGCGCAAAGACUGCGGCGGUGAUCGUGGUACCAUCCAUCAUAUGAAGUGCAUCAAGAGCGCCUUCUCUGAGCUGCCCGAGGAGGACGAAGACGCCAUGAAGCUCUUGGUGGACUUCCGCAAGAUGCUGCGGAAUAUUGCGAGCUACGCGACUAGUACCAGAUUGGAACGUAUCAAGCAGGCUAUUGGAGAUCUGCGUGUUCGCAUGGAAGCCGAGCAGGCGUCCAGGGCCCCAUCUCGAUCCUCGUCUCGACGGUCGAAGAAGUCUAGCAAGUCUUCUCUCUUCGCGCUCCCGACUCCCCCGGCCUCACAGGCUCCCCCGGCAAAGCGGCUCCGCCAGGACGGCACCUGAGACACUAUCCGAUUCCUAUGGUCGAAGAAGCAUCCGCAUUGGGAUCCUGUUUCACUGAAACACCCUCGUUGAAGUUGUUCAUUGACAGAGCAUUGGCACCGAGUAUCGUCAUUUUUCCACAACGCGGCAUCAACCUGCGUCAAUUCUCACCAUGUCCGUACCCUAAUUACCCCUCAGGGUUCUCGCGCUCACAAAAUUACAGGUCAACAACAUCGCCCAUAUGCUGCUCGUAUCCAACCCGUCCCCGCGAACCGGCGUCCCAACAA